UCGAUGGAUCAAUGCUGCUGCUAUAUAAGAGCAGCCUCCAGCUUGGAUCUCUCCAUCAAACCAAGCCAUCCAGCGCAGGUGCUUAUUAACCAAGAGUCCAAGAGCCAAGGAGACAACCAGCAGAUCGACAACAACAUGGGGUGCAGCAUGAGCCGCCUCCUCAAGACCACCGUCACGCUGAUCAUCCUCGUCCUUCUCCUCAUGCCCGGGGCCUUAGCCGCCACUAGCUUCGAUGCCUCACGAAGCCAACAGCUGCCGCUGCCGCGUGGGACGGUCCACGGGCCGGAGAGCGUCGCCUUCGACGGUCAAGGCCAGGGCCCCUACAGCGGCAUCUCUGACGGCCGGAUCCUCAAGUGGAACGGCGAAAAGCUAGGAUGGACUACCUAUGCAUAUGGACCCGGCUACGAUAGCAGGACGUGCACGCCGUCCAAGUUCAGCCCGGAGACUGAGACUGCCAGGGAUUGCCGCUGCGGCCGUCCGCUCGGCCUACGGUUCAACCAGAAAUCGGGUGACCUCUACGUGGCCGACGCAUACAAGGGGCUGAUGCGGGUUGCGCCGGGCGGCGGGGAGGCCACCGUGUUGGUCAACCAGGUUGACGGUUUUCCUCUGCGCUUCACCAACGGUGUUGACGUCGAUCAAGUUACGGGUCAGGUCUACUUCACCGACAGCUCGAUGAACUAUCAAAGGUCGCAGCAUGAGAUGGUCACUCGCACUGGGGACUCGACGGGCCGCCUCAUGAGGUACGAC